CACUUACUGGAGUACCAAGCGCGCGGAUGCACAUGCACUAACAGUUAACUGAAACUGGGCAGAGGAUUUCUAGUUUCCAGCCUGCUUUGCAUAGGACUCAACAGGAAGAGUAAAUGUUAAAAAUCAUGACACUUAUGGUGUCGCCUGGCGCUGCCCGCCUCUUGUCUAGAACUGAUGGUAUCUGUGACCGACCACUGCCCGCUCUGUGCCCAUUCUGAGAAUCAUGCUGUCCGGCAGCUGGCGUCGAGGGACCAUCGUGCCCUCUUUGAGCAGCCCUAUUGGGGGUAAAGGUGGGUCGGGGGCCGGAUCCAGACUGGGGAGUCCUGUGGUACUGGAAGCGCUGUAUGACUACUCAUACCGCGGUGCAGACGGGCGCUCGGUGUCCAUACACGAGGGUGAGCGAUUCCUGCUUCUAAAGAAGACGAAUGCAGACUGGUGGCAAGCGAGGAGUGUCGGGGUGGGCGUUAAGGCCAAACCGAUAUAUGUGCCCGCCACAUACGUCAUAGAGUUGCCCGUCAGCAAGUUCUGCCCCUUGCAGCCCAACAGGCAAUCAGAAAGUGACAGAUUUAAGAUGAUUCCACGUGGUUCACUCACGCCCUGCAUGCAAAAAGACUGCUCAGUGCCUGAUAAGCAGCUCUGUCGUUCUAUGGAGAAUCUCAACAGCAGCAGUGCUUUGAUGGACACACGUGUUGGUGGAGUGUCUGUAAGAGGGCAUUUCCUAUCAUUACCACUCUCUGGUUCCUCUGCAUCGCCCUCGGGUCACCUCACGGUUCCAGGAGGGUUUCUGAGUCCUGGAGGCCCAAUCGCACGCAGCCAAAGCUCCAGUCAUCUACCCCAGAACCCGUACCAGGACACAAACUGCUCUAAACCUAGUAUAACCGGCCCCAGCAAAUUCUACAGCCAAUGGGACAUGAGCAGCACUGCACACCGACAUACAGAGGGAAACAUACAGAACUCUCUGUCGGAGCAAGGGAGGAGGCAGUGGGCGGAGCCUCCCAAGCCGUUACCGGGUCAACGCCCCCUGCAAACGAUGCAGCUGUGGGAUCAGUACCGUGACCCCAGUUCUGGACGCUUUUACUACGUCAACACCAUUACGAAAGAGCGCUCGUGGAAACCUCCACGCCGAUCCCGUGAGAGUAACGGUAGCCAAAACAAGCUCUCCCCUGACUUCACCUACAUUACUCAUGAUGCCAAUGGUUGGCAGGUGAAUCAGAGUAUGCAGCACGCUGUGUCGUCUGAUGCUCUCAGCUCAAACUCGUCCAGCUACGAGGAUGCUCAUCGCAGGAACUGCGCUCCAGCAGGGGGCGUGUCACACAUGAGUCACUCCUACUCCAUGUUUCUGCCAUCACAAACUCAGAGAACAUCUACAAACGGCAAGUCGGAUUACAGGGUAGAUGUCGAACCCCCAUCAUCUGACAGCUCGCCAGACAUUGAAGGAGUCACACCGGAGCUAGAAAAGGCCGGUUUACUCCACAAAACCAAGAUAGCAGAAGGAGGCAGGAAACUGAGGAAAAACUGGAACCUGUCAUGGGUUGUUUUGGUGGGAAACAGUCUUGUUUUCUUUAAGGACCCCAAAAGCCAGAAUCCUGACAGCUGGAAACCAGGUAACAGUCGUCCAGAGAGCAGUGUGGAUCUCAGAGGAGCUCAGCUACAGUGGGCCAAUGAUCUCUCCAGCAGAAAGAACGUCUUUAAGCUCAGGACAGUUACAGGAAAUGAAUAUUUGCUGCAGUCAGAAAUGGACUCUCUCAUUAGAGAAUGGUACAGAACCAUCCAGAACGUGAUUGACAGACUGGACAAAGAGAACCCUCUAGAUAAUGUGUUGCUGUAUUCUCUGAGGAGAGCUGGAUCAGUGGAGAUGUUGGACCAAAGUGGAGAUGAAGAUGAAAAUCGUGGAGGAUUCAAAGCGUCACUCCCUCGCUCCAUUUCAAACUUGGAGAGCUCUGAACGCAAGCGUGUGAAGUGCCGUUUGAAGAAGUUAAUUCUCAGAAGACCUCCACUGCAGACGCUUCAGGAGAAAGGACUUAUUAAAGAUCAGGUGUUUGGUUGUGGUUUGGAGCUGCUGUGUGACAGAGAGAAAAACACAGUUCCACAGUUUGUCAGGAAGUGCACAGAGGCCGUGGAGAGGAGAGGGUUGGAGACUGAUGGUAUUUACAGAGUGAGCGGGAAUCUUGCAGUCAUUCAGAAACUUCGCUUCGCUGUCGAUCAUGACAUCUUAUUUGGAGGAGCAGCAGUGCUCUACAAGCGAUCCAAAAGAUGCACGUGAGGGAAGCGAUCCGGCGUGCUUGUGAAGCUUCGUCAACGUGGCUUUUGGACUCCGCUGCCAAGUAUUCAUCUGGUCAAUGUCCGCUCCCUCGCCAACAAAACGGACGAACUGCUUCUGCUCUUUCAAACAAAUAAGGACUUUUAUAACUCCGCUGCUUUGUGUUGCAUCGAAACAUGGCUGAAUGAAGUCAUUCCGGACAGCGCGUUACAUCUGCCUGGCUUUCAGCUGUUCAAAGCAGAUCGCAUCGUGGAGUUAUUGGGGAAAACGAGAGGCAGUGGAACAUGCUUUUACAUCAACGAAAGUUGGUGUACAGAUGUAACAGCAUUAAAGAAUAUGUGCUGUCCUAAUUUAGAGGCGCUCUUCAUCAACUCUAAGCCUUUCUACUCACCGCGGGAGUUUUCCUCAUUUAUUCUGGUGAGUGUUUAUAUUCCGCCACAAGCGUGCGUGAAUGCAGCAUUGCAACGGCUGGCUGAUUACAUCAUAGACACAGAGCAACAACACCUGGACUCUCUUAUCAUUAUUCUGGGUGAUUUUAAUAAAGCAAACCUCACCCGUGAACUGCCAAAAUACAAACAACACAUUACAUGCCCCACCAGAGACAGAAAUAUACUGGACCACUGCUACACCACUGUAAAGGAUGCAUAUCGCUCUGUCUAUCGAGCAGCUUUGGGACUCUCUGAUCAAUGUCUGGUUCAUCUGCUCCCAACCUACAAGCAGAAACUAAAAUCAGCUAAGCCUGUACUGUAAAGGACUGUAAAGAGAUGGACCAGUGAAGCAGAGCUGGAACUACAAGCCUGCUUUGCACUGACUGGAGUGUUUUGAAGCUGCAGCCACAGACCUGGACAAGCUUACAGAUACUGUGACAUCAUAUAUCAGUUUCUGUGAGGAUAUGUGUAUUCCUACUUGGACAUUUUUAUCAUUCAAUAACGAUAAACCAUGGUUUACAGGAAAACUCAGACAGCUUCAUCAUGCCAACGAGGAUGCUUACAGAAGUGUGGAUAAAACAUUGUACAACCAGGCCAGGAACACACUUACUAAGGAAAUCAGAGCGGCUAAAAGAAGCUACACGGAACAGCUGAAAAACACGUUUUCAGCCAACGAUCCUGCAUCUGUGCUGAAAGGCCUAAAAAGCAUCACCAAGUAUAAGACACCUCUCCCUCGCUCUGUAGAGAGUCAAAUAAUUGCUGAUGAACUGAAUGGGUUUUACUGCAGGUUUGAAAAGCCCAGUCUCACACCCCUCCCCCUCUCUGACCUUCACUUCACACACACCAACGCCUCCUGGAACCUCCCUCCUGCUAUUCAAUCUGCACUUAUGAUCUGUGAGGAGGAUGUGUGCUGGGUCUUUCGGAAACAAGAGACUAGGAAAGCUUCAGGCCCAGACGGUGUUUCACCUGCCUGUCUGAAAGUCUGUGCUAACCAGCUGGCCCCAUCUUCACACAGAUCUUCAGUAGAUCACUGGAGCAAUGUGAAGUUCCCUGCUCCUUCAAAUGCUCCACUACCAUUCCGGUCCCCAAAAACCCAAAAUCACAGGACUUAAUGACUACAGGCCUGUUGCUCUUACGUCUGUGGUCAUGAAGUCGUUUGAGAGACUGGUUUUGGCCUACCUGAAGGACAUCACUGGACCCCUGCUGGACCCCUUUCAGUUUGCUUACCGAGCAAACAGGUCUGUGGAUGAUGCUGUCAAUAUGGGACUGCAUUAUAUCCUGCAACACCUCGACAGACCUGGGACUUAUGCAAGGAUCCUAUUUGUGGAUUUCUGUUCAGCCUUCAAUACCAUAAUGCCUUAUAUUUUCUCAACCAAACUGACCCAGCUCUCCGUGCUCAGCCCAACCUGUUGAUGGAUCACCAGCUUUCUGACAGAUAUGCAUCAGCUAUUGAGACUGGGGAAGCUCACAUCCAGGACCCUCACUAUUAGCACUGGAUGCAUUCUCUCUCCACUGCUGUUCUCCCUGUACACAAAUGACUGCACUGCAAUGGACCCCUCUGUCAAGCUCCUGAAGUUUGCAGAUGACAUCUGCCUCAUCUGCAAUAGUGACGAGUCUGCAUACAGAUGGGAGGUUGAUCAGCUGGCUGUCUGGUGCAGUAACAACAACUUUGAGCUGAACACGCUCAAAACAGUGGAGAUGAUAGUGGACUUCAGGAGAAAUCCCCCCCACCAUCCUGAACAGCACUGUGGCAGCAGUGGAGUCAUUCAUGUUCCUGGGCACUACCAUCUCUCAGUACCUGAAGUGGGACACCCACAUUGACUCCAUUGUGAAGAAGGCUCAGCAGAGGUUGUACUUCCUUCAACCUGCCACAGGAGCUGCUGACACAGUUCUACUUGGCCGUCAUUAAGUCUGUCCUGUGUACAUCUAUAACUAUCUGGUUUGGUUCAGCCACCAAAUCAGACAGAAGGAAACUAUAGCGGACAGUCAGGACUGCUGAGAGGAUUAUUGGUGCCCCCCUGCCCACCCUCCAACACCUGUAAGUCUCCAGAGUGAGGAAACGUGUAGGUAGAAUCACUCUGGACCCCACACACCCUGCCCACUCCCUCUUUGAACUGUUGCCCUCUGGCUGGCGCUACAGAGCACUGAGCGCCAGGACAUCCAGGCACAAAACAGUUUUUACCCUCAGGCCAUUUACCAGAUGAACAAUUAAACUGCCUCAUGACUCCCCCAUAGUGCAAUAAUGUAAAUACAUAUCUCAUGUACAUACGUAAAUUCACAUAUUUAAUUCAAUAACUGUACAUACCCCUACCUUACACAUACAUUACCACUUGCACAUGUACGUACACCAUUCUGUUAUAUGUCCUAUUAUUUGUAUGUCUAUUUACACUCUUACCUUCUUUUACAUUCUGUGUCUCACUGUAAUGUUCUGUGUGCACUUGUUUCUCCUAUCACCAAAAAAACAAACAAACAUCCUUUUGUAUGUGAGAACACUUGGCAAUAAAGCUCAUUCUGAUUCUGAUUCUGAAAUUUGUUGUCACAACAGUUAUAUUCAGAGUUGAUAAAAACAUUAAAAAGAUGAAAUAUCCAUGUGUUACAGUUGUGCUCAAAAGUUUGCAUACCCUGGCAGAAAUUGUGAAAUUUUGGCAUUGUUUUUGAAAAUAUGACUGAUCAUGUCUUUUAUUUAAGGAUAGUGAUCAUAUGAAGCCAUUUAUUAUCACAUAGUUGUUUGGCUCCUUUUUAAAUCAUAAUGAUAACAGAAAUCACCCAAAUGGCCCUGAUCAAAAGUUUACAUACCCUUGAAUGUUUGGCCUUGUUACAGACACACAAGGUGACACACACAGGUUUAAAUGGCAAUUAAAGGUUAAUUUCCCACACCUGUGGCUUUUUAAAUUGCAAUUAGUGUCUGUGUAUAAAUAGUCAAUGAGUUUGUUAGCUCUCACGUGGAUGCACUGAGCAGGCUAGAUACUGAGCCAUGGGGAGCAGAAAAGAACUGUCAGAAGACCUGCGUAACAAGGUAAUGGAACUUUAUAAAGAUGGAAAAGGAUAUAAAAAGAUAUCCAAAGCCUUGAAAAUGCCAGUCAGUACUGUUCAAUCACUUAUUAAGAAGUGGAUAAUUCGGGGAUCUCUUGAUACCAAGCCACGGUCAGGUAGACCAAGAAAGAUUUCAGACACAACUGCCAGAAGAAUUGUUCGGGAUACAAAGAAAAACCCACAGGUAACCUCAGGAGAAAUACAGGCUGCUCUGGAAAAAGAUGGUGUGGUUGUUUCAAGGAGCACAAUACGACGAUACUUGAACAAAAAUGAGCUGCAUGGUCGAGUUGCCAGAAAGAAGCCUUUACUGCGCCAGUGCCACAAAAAAGCCCGGUAACAAUAUGCCCGACAACACCUUGACACGCCUCACAGCUUCUGGCACACUGUAAUUUGGAGUGACGAGACCAAAAUAGAGCUUUAUGGUCACAACCAUAAGCGCUAUGUUUGGAGAGGGGUCAACAAGGCCUAUAGUGAAAAGAAUACCAUCCCCACUGUGAAGCAUGGUGGUGGCUCACUGAUGUUUUGGGGGUGUGUGAGCUCUAAAGGCACGGGGAAUCUUGUGACAAUUGAUGGCAAGAUGAAUGCAGCAUGUUAUCAGAAAAUACUGGCAGACAAUUUGCAUUCUUCUGCACAAAAGCUGCGCAUGGGACGCUCUUGGACAUUCCAGCACGACAAUGACCCUAAGCACAAGGCCAAGUUGACCCUCCAGUGGUUACAGCAGAAAAAGGUGAAGGUUCUGGAGUGGCCAUCACAGUCUCCUGACCUUAAUAUCAUCGAGCCACUCUUGGGAGAUCUCAAACGUGCAGUUCAUGCAAGACGACCAAAGACUUUGCAUGACCUGGAGAUAUUUUGCCAAGACGAAUGGGCAGCUAUACCACCUGCAAGAAUUUGGGGCCUCAUAGACAACUAUUACAAAAGACUGCACGCUGUCAUUGAUGCUAAAGGGGGCAAUACACAGUAUUAAGAACUAAGGGUAUGCAGACUUUUGAACAGGGGUCAUUUCAUGUUUUUCUUUGUUGCCAUGUUUUGUUUUAUGAUUGAGUCAUUCUGUUACAACCUACAGUUGAAUAUGAAUCCCAUAAGAAAUACAAGAAAUGUGUUUUGCCCGCUCACUCAUGUUUUCUUUAAAAAUGGUACAUAAAUUACCAAUUCUCCAAGGGUAUGCAAACUUUGCGUGUUGUGUGUGUUGUGUGUGUGUGUGUGUGUGUGAUGUGUGUGUGUUUGUGUUGUGUUUGUGUGUGUCUGUUGUGUGUGUGGAUGUUGUGAGUGUUGUGUGUGUUGUGUGUUUGUUGUGUGUGUGUGUUGUGUGUAUGUAUUGUGUAUGUGUGUUGUGUGUUGUGUGUGUGUUGUGUGUAUUGUGUAUGUGUGUUUGUGUUGUUUCUGUGUGUGUGAGUGUUGUGUGUCUGUGUUUUUUGUGUGUGUGGUGUGUGAGUUUUUGUGUGUGUGUUGUGUGUGUUUGUUGUUUGUGUGUUGUGUGUGUGUGUGUGUGUGUGUGUGUUAUGUGUAUUAUGUGUGUUUCUGUGUGUUGUGUGUUGUGUGUAUUGUGUGUGUGUGUGUAUUGUGUGUGUUGUGUGUGUGUGUGUGUGUGAUGAGUGUUGUUUGUGUGUUGUGUGUGUGUGUGUUGUGUGUGUAUGCAAGUUUGUGUGUGUUGUGUGUGUAUUGUGUGUGUGUUGUGUAUGUGUGUGUGUGUGGUGAGUGUUGUUUGUGUGUUGUGUGUGUGUGUGCACAUGUCAGAGGACACAUGUGCUCAUCUAAAGGAUUGUGAAGCUCCUGAACACUUAAUAUUCUGUAUUUUGUUUUCUAACCAUUCAUUUCCAAUGGCCGGUCAUUUUUGACCGGUAACACAACAAGUGUAACAAAGUGAAAUAAAACCAAUAAAAUGACAGUACUUCAAAUUUGUUUUGUGUUUUCAGAUACCAUAUGUAAACAAAGUCAAGGAAUUUUAUUCCAUUUGGAUUAAGAAAAAAAAAAAAAAAACAUUGUCCGGGUCAAAAUGACCGGAACACAACAUAAGGGUUAAUACAUGUUCCUGGUCUUAUUAUGCACAAUUUAUUCGAAUUUAUUUAUUCUUACAAUUUAUUUUAAGAAAUAAAAUUUUGUUUUUCUCAUUAAGGGCAUUAGUAUUAACCAAUAAUAUCAUAAUCUGCUUUUCACAAUCCAAUCAAAUCAUGAUGGAUGGAAUGAUUUUUUAACUCGAUUAUGUCAUUGGCACUGUUUAAUGUGACGGUAGUUCAUUCCCACAUUAAAGACGUUAAGUACACAGUCUUGCAUCUUUGUCUUUUUGUCCAAUUCUCAGAAACUUUUUUUGCUUUAAAUCAAAGUUUGAGAUGUUGUAAUUCACUAUGGAAAAAUUAAAUGGGAAAAAUACCUGUGGGUGUUCAUUGAUGCGCUCAAUAGAGAGUUAUAAAACUGAUUGAGUUCCUGGAUUCUGAUUGGCU